AUGAUUAUUUCUAAAAUCGAUGAAUGGAUUGAAGCUUUAAGAACUCCAUUUGGGUAUGAUCGGGAGACAGAAGAUCCAUAUUUUAGGAAUAUUAGAGAAGGAUUUCAGAAUGCUGAUAAAAUUAACAUUCCAAUCGCCGAACAAAAACACCCUGAUCACAUGUACACUUCAAAGCCGAUUAACACGCAAGAGAUUAUGAAUACGUUUUCAAAAAUGACCG